UAAUAAUAAAAAAAUAAUUAUUCAAUUUCAGGAAAAUGAAAGUACUUAUCGUAUUGGCUUGCUUGGCAGCACUUGCCUGUGCCAACGACCAGGCAUGGAAUGACUUCAAAGCUGGAAAACAGUACAAAUCUCUGAUUGAAGAACGCCUUCGUUACCAAAUUUUUUUGAACAAUGUUCAAAAGAUUGAAGAGCACAAUGCCAAAUAUGAACAGGGAUUGGUUACUUACAAAAUGGCAGUCAAUAAAUUUGCUGAUUAUACAGAAGAAGAAUUCAGGGCUUUUUUGAAACUUAGUGGUCCGGCUAAGAAAGUUAAGGCCACCGAAGUUUUCAAAGCAACCAAAGCUGCUCCAUCCUCCAUUGACUGGAGAUCAACUGGCGCUGUAACACCAGUAAAAGACCAAGGUAGCUGCGGAUCUUGCUGGUCAUUCUCUGCUACUGGUUCUUUGGAAGGACAAAACCAAAUCAUAAACGGAAAUCUUCUUUCCCUCUCCGAACAAAACUUGGUUGACUGUUCCGGUUCCUAUGGAAACUACGGAUGUAACGGUGGUUUGAUGGUAGCCGCUUUCGAAUACGUAAGAGAUCAUGGAAUCGAGAGUGAAGCUAAUUACCCCUAUACUGGUCGUGAUGGAUCCUGCAAGUUCGACUCCAGCAAGUCAGUUCUUAAGAUUAGUGGAUACACCGAAAUAUCUGAAGAUAAUGAAGAUGAACUUAUUGAAGCCAUUGGUACCGUCGGUCCAAUCUCAGUUGCUAUUGAUGCCACCAUGUCACUCCAGUUCUACAGCUCUGGAAUUUUCACUGAUAGCAGCUGCUCUAAAUACGCCUUGAACCAUGGAGUCCUUGCUGUUGGUUAUGGAUCUGAUAAUAUUAUUGUCAAGAACUCCUGGGGAACUAGUUGGGGUGAAUCUGGCUAUGUCAGAUUCAAGCGUGGUUCUAACUUGUGCGGUAUUGCUUCCAUGGCUAGCUACCCAAGAUUGAAAAUGAAAGUACUUAUCGUAUUGGCUUGCUUGGCAGCACUUGCCUGUGCCAACGAUCAGGCAUGGAAUGAUUUCAAAGCUGGAAAACAGUACAAAUCUCCGAUUGAAGAACACCUCCGAUACCAAAUUUUUUUGAACAAUGUUCAAAAGAUUGAAGAGCACAAUGCCAAAUAUGAACAGGGAUUGGUUACUUACAAAAUGGCAGUCAAUAAAUUUGCUGAUUAUACAGAAGAAGAAUUCAAGGCUUUUUUGAAACUUAGUGGUCCGGCUAAGAAAGUCAAGGCCACCGAAGUUUUCAAAGCGACCAAAGCUGCUCCAUCCUCCAUUGACUGGAGAUCAACUGGCGCUGUAACUCCAGUAAAAGACCAAGGUAGCUGCGGAUCUUGCUGGUCAUUCUCUGCUACUGGUUCUUUGGAAGGACAAAACCAAAUCAUAAACGGAAAUCUUCUUUCCCUCUCCGAACAAAACUUGGUUGACUGUUCCGGUUCCUAUGGAAACUACGGAUGUAAUGGUGGUUUGAUGGUAGCCGCUUUCGAAUACGUAAGAGAUCAUGGAAUCGAGAGUGAAGCUAAUUACCCAUACACUGGUCGUGAUGGAUCCUGCAAGUUCGACUCCAGCAAGUCAGUUCUUAAGAUUAGUGGAUAUACCGAAAUAUCUGAAGAUAAUGAAGAUGAACUUAUUGAAGCCAUUGGUACCGUCGGUCCAAUCUCAGUUGCUAUUGAUGCCACCAUGUCACUCCAGUUCUACAGCUCUGGAAUUUUCACUGAUAGCAGCUGCUCUAAAUACGCCUUGAACCAUGGAGUCCUUGCUGUUGGUUAUGGAUCUGAUAAUAUUAUUGUCAAGAACUCCUGGGGAACUAGUUGGGGUGAAUCUGGCUAUGUCAGAUUCAAGCGUGGUUCUAACUUGUGCGGUAUUGCUUCCAUGGCUAGCUACCCAAGAUUGUAAUUCUAUUUUUUUGAUAUAAAUAAAUGAGAAUUCAAAAAUA